CUAUGUGGGGCACGGGGCCAGCGCGUCUAGCCAGCUCGAAGUGCCACGACUUCACAGCAGACCUCGGAUUCUCCAGCGGAGCGAGGGGGGACACGAGUGCAAGAAGGAACCCAAAGAAGUAGAAAAAAAGGGGCAACUUAGCCACAUAGCUGGAUACAUUUGUCAGCGUUUCGCACAGAAAGCCAUUUCGUCUGCGACACGAAGCAUUUGGCCCCUCUCUCAAGACGCAGCCGCAUCCCUCGCGAGGUUAACUGAAAUUAAACAAUGGAUAUCUACGACCCCCAGACCCUUGGGAUAAUGGUGUUUGGUGGAUUCAUGGUAAUCUCGGCUGUCGGGAUUGCUCUCGUCUCCACCUUCUCCAUGAAGGAGACCUCUUAUGAGGAGGCCCUGGCUAAACAACGCAGAGAGUUGGGUAAGACACAGUCUGGUCGUUCUGAUAAGAAGAAGAAGGACAAAGUAUCUGAGAAGAAGAGCCGUGGAAAGAAGAAAGAAGAGAAACCCAAUGGAAAGAUUCCAGAGUAUGAACAAACUGAAGAUGCCACUGAUUCUGAUGUAGUCAUUGAGCCUGCCACGGCCCCGGUUGUAGCUGUUGCUCCUGCUCCCGAGCCUGUUCUUGCCGUUGAGGUUAAGCAAGCCGCAGCCCCUACACCCGCCGACAACCAGCCCAAAACUGAUGCUGAACCAAACCCUGUUGCUGAGCCCUCACCUGCACCCUCACCUAAAGAGAAAAAGAAGAAGAAGCUGGCUAAGGUUGAGCCAGCCUCAUCCCAACCUGCUGUACCUGUGUCUGCCCCUGCAACAGUCAAGUCCUCUGCUGUCCCUUCAUCUACCCAGGCCCCUGUGUCUGCUCCAGCUAAAGCAGCUGCCCCUCCCUCUACACUUGCCCCCACCAAGGCUGUCACUGCAUCAACUAAGUCUGCACCAGUUAAGUCUGCCCCAGCACCAGUUAAGUCUGCCCCAGCACCAGUUAAGUCUGCCCCAGCACCAGUUAAGUCUGCCCCAGCACCAGCCAAGUCUGCCCCAGCACCAGCCAAGUCUGCCCCUGCACCAGCCAAGUCUGCCCCUGCACCAGCCAAGUCUUCUCCCCCUGCAUCAUCUAAGUCUGCCUCUGCCCCUGCACCAACAAAGGCUGCAGCAGCCCCAGCCAAGUCUACACCAGCUCCAUCCAAGACUGCCCCGGUGCUGGAGGCUGUCACUAAAGACGUCCCCGUGAUGGCAGUGCCCCCAGUGGGAUCACAGCAGGCCCCUGCUGUUGCAGCAAAGGCACAGGAGCCCAAGAAGAAGUCCUCUAAGAAAAAGAGUGAGCCUGUUGCAGUGGUGGAUUCUGCUGAUGCUCCGCUGUACCUGCCCUACAAGGCACUGGUGUCCACCAUUAGUAGCAUGGUGUUCAGUGAGAGGGAGGCGCAUAGGCUCAUCGAGAUCCUGUCUGAGAAAGCUGGCAUCAUUCAGGACACCUGGCACAUGGCCACUCAGAAAGGAGACCCAGUGGCCGUGCUGAAGAGACAAGUGGAGGAGCGUGAGAAACAGCUGGCAGCAGAACAAGAGGAUGCCUCUGCAGCAAAGAACCGUCUGAGAGAACUCACCAAGGAGCUGUCUGCUGAGAAGUCCAAGGUGGCCAGCGUUGAGACGAGGCUGAGUUCUCAGCUGAGUAAGCGGGAGCAAGAAAUGAUUGCGCUGCAAGCUCGCAUGCAAGCCAGUUACCAGGACCAUGUAGCCCAAACUCAGAGGCUCAAUACAAAGAUCCUCAGCCUGCAAGACCAGUUGGAAAAAGGACCUAAUGCCCAACUUGCCCGUCUACAGCAGGAGAACUCCAUUCUCCGUGAUGCACUCAACCAAGCCACUAGUCAGGCUGAGAGCAAACAAAAUGCAGAUCUGGCCAAGCUGCGUCAGGAAUGUGCAAAGUUGACCAAGGAGCUUGGAGAGAAGAUGGAAAGUCUGCUUGCUGAUGAGCACAUCAGGAAAGGGCUGGAGGCCAAGGUCUCGGCUGCUGAGAAGCAACUCUCCCUGCUGCAGGCCAACCAUGUGGAGAGUGAGCAGGGGUUACAGAGGAGGUUGGACGAGGUGUGCGAAGAGCUCAGAACAACACAAAGUACAAACGGCAGCUUGCAGGCCACCUUGGGAAAGGCCCAGCAGGACAGCAGCUCACUCUCAGAAUUGCAAGUGCGCACAGAGAAAUUGGAGGCUGAUGUCAGGGAGCGCUCUGCUCAGGUAGAUGCCCUCACUGCUCAGCUAGAGGAGACACAGGCAGAGAGAAGCCAGCUUGUACAGCAGGUGGCCACCAUCAACUCACUGCUGGAGGCCAGUCAGAACAAAAAGGAGGAGGAGGAGAAUGUUGCAGAACUGGAACAGCUUAAGCUCAGCCUUCAGGAGAAAGACGGCCAGUUGGCCGCGCUUCACGGGGAACUUAAGGAACUGCAGAUAAAGAAGGAAGCUUCUGAUAACACUAUAGUUGAGCUUGAGCAAAGAAAUAAGACUGAGGAUGCCAGUCAUAAUGAGUCACUUCAGGAGGAACUCAAAAAUCUCAAAGAAGAGAUUGUGCAACUCAAGAACACACCCCAGUCAGAUGGAACUGCAGAGCUUGUUCAGCUACAGAACAGUCUGACUGAGAAGGACGCCCUUGUCACAUCACUACAAGAGCAACUGAGAGAAGUGAGAGAAAAGAUGACCACUGAUGAACAGAACAUCAUGGCACAACUGACAGCUUUACAAAGUGAAACCAAAGAAAGUCUGCAGACACUCUUCCCACAGAUUCUCUUAGAGACGGACCAGUCCAACUGGUUACAAGUAUUUACACAGAAAGCUCAUGAGGCUCUCACCCAGCAGAGCCAGAAGUCAGAGUCAAGCACAGAAUUGCCAGAGUUGCUUGAGAAACUGAAGGAGGCAGAGGAGGGCCAUGUGUCCCUGCAGGCUGAAUGUGAACAGUACAGGACGGUCCUGGCUGAAACUGAAGGAAUGUUGAAACAUCUGCAGAAGAGUGUGGAAGAGGAAGAGCUGGUAUGGAAGGCCAAGAUGGCUGACUCAGAGGAACAGCUGAGGGUGGUUUUGGAGAGUGUCAGCAAGCUGGAGGCUGAAAACCAAACCGUAGAACAGUUGAAGGAGCAGAUGAUGCUUCUGGAAGCCCAGCUGGAGAAGCAGUCAGAUAGCCAGGAAACCUCAGAGGAGAUGGAGCAGCUGAUGCUGCAGCUGUCGCAAAGCCAGAGCCAGCUGGAUUUGGCCCAGAAGGAAUCCCAGGCACACAUGGAGGAGCUUGCACAGGUCAGAGAGCAACUGGCCGAGAUCACGAUGCGGGCUCAGAGUGAACAGAAUGGCCCAGCUGAGGCCCAACCCAGUCAGGUCCAGAAUGAGUUGAGUCAGACAACUGAGAAGCUGAAUGGGGAGGCGUCUCAGAGGCAGCAGCUCUCGGAAGAGUUUGAGCAGGCCCAGAGCACUAUCACAGAAUUUCAGGCUCAACUGGAUCUUCUAAAAGUUACUGCAGAGUCCCCGCAAACUGACACAGAGGAUGUUGCUCAGCUCAAGGAGCGCCUGGAGAAGGAGAAAAAGCUUUCCAAAGACCUGGGCCAGGCAGCCACCAAGCUCCAGCAGCUCCUCAAAGCCACACAGGAGCAGCUGACCAAAGAGAGAGAUACUGUGAGAACACUACAGGAGCACAUGGAGGGCAAGGGGGAUUAUGUUGAGCUGAAGGAAGGAACGUCCGUCUGACAGAAGUUUACUGCGGACACUACACAAAACUGCCAAAUAUGCCUUAUGAUUACCAUAGUUAUGCAUUCCAAAAAUAAUUUCUUUUACUGUAGUUAAUUGCAUUUGUUGCAACUGUAGGAAUCAUGUUUGAUAAUAUGAACAUUUCAAAGUAAGAUUGGAGGAGGGAAUCCUGCUACAAUAUUUACUGAAACACACAUUCCAUCAACAAUUCUGGCUGUGUCAGAAGUUAUUUAUCCCCCUGCCUUAUAUUCCAAACAUUUCCCCAUAGUUCAGUGUUAAAAGGGAAACCGAUUGUACGUCAAACGUACAUCAACCUGUGCAAUUACUUUGUAUGUCUUUUCUAUGUGGUUGAAUGAGGGGAUCAUGUUAGGGUUCAAUCAUGCAGUACCUUUAGGGUCUGCUUUCCUCUGUAGUUGGCUGCCAAUAACACAUCAAAUUUGAAUUUGUAUGAAUGAAUAAACUGCAGUGUCACUCUGA